CUCUAUCAGGCGCCAGGGACAGUCCCACACUCAGUCUGAACCGGCACCCCGCAGACGGCAGCGAAGACAUGGAGACGGCCGUGGACAAAAAUGACGCAACAGACAGCUCCUCCACCUGGAGCCCUGAGCAAGAGCAACCUCCCGUCGAUGAGGUCACGUCCCAGCCGAAAGGUUCUUCCCCUCGACCCCCCAUCUCCAAAUGUGGCGACCUGGUUCUCUCUCUGGAGUACCGUCCCAACACGGAGAAGCUACUGGUCUGCGUGGUCGCGGCGCGGGACAUUCCCGACAAGGCGCGUAGCGGGAUGGACUCCUGGCAGGUGCACAUGGUCCUGCUUCCCUCCAAGAAGCAACGCCACAAGACGUCGGUGCAGAAAGGCUCGCAGCCGCACUUCAACGAGAACUUUCGCUACUCGCGCGUGGAGCCGUCCGACCUGCAGAUGUCGGCCAUCAGGUUCCGGCUGUACGCUCUCGGGGGAAGGAUGUCCCGCGAGCGCAUGAUGGGAGAGAAGAUACUGCGUUUAGGAGAGCUCGACCCGAACGGAGGGACGAUGGAGACGACGCUGGUUCUGGAGCCUCGUAGUAACCUUAAGAGUUUGGGCUCCCAGCUGAGCCUGUCUGCCGUGUCUCAGAGCGACAGCGCCUCCUCCACUCAGUCUCUGACCCACGGCGGCGUCCCCGAGCUGCUGGUUGGACUCUCCUACAACGCCACCACGGGACGCAUGUCUGUGGAGCUCAUCAAGGGAAGCCACUUCAGAAACCUGGCCAUCAACCGGCCACCAGACACCUACGGGCGUCUGACGCUGCUGAACUCGGUCGGUCAGGAGAUCUCGCGGUGCAAGACGUCGGUGCGUCGCGGCCAACCCAACCCCGUCUACAAGGAGACCUUCGUCUUCCAGGUGGCGCUCUUCCAGCUGUCGGACGUCACGCUGCUGGUCUCCAUCUACAACCGGCGCAGCAUGAAGCGCAAAGAGAUGAUCGGCUGGUUCGCUCUGGGGCAGAACAGCAGCGGCGAGGAGGAGCAGCUCCACUGGCAGGACAUGAAGGAGAGUCGAGGACAGCAGGUCUGCCGCUGGCACAUCCUGCUGGAGGCGUAACGCUACCUGCCGGCCAGGAUUUAGUGGUGUUGUUUUUUCUUUUCUUUUUGAAGCGAAAGGAGAGUUUAUUCUUGAGUCGGAAGGUUGGAAAGUACUGAGGAAAAAGAAGAUGAUGCACGAGGUUUCAAGGAC